GGGCUGUGAAGGGAAGGAGCAGGUUGUGUUUGAUCUGAUAUCUGCUCCAACACCCACCGCACACAACAGCCACAUCUGGACGUCAAUGUGCAAUGUCUGCGUGAGAGAGAAGGGGUCAGUGGGGGCGUCUCCCAGUGAAGUUUCCUGGCAUCCCCUCGCCUCUCUCCGCUCACAGUGAGUUUGCCGCUCGUUAUCUCCGGUGAACAUGGAGUUCUCGGCUCUCCCCGGGGUCGUGCUCAGGGUGUUUGGCGGGUUCCCGGCGCUGGCCGUGUUCUGCACCGUCUUUGCCCUGGCCUUUGACUUGAUGAAGAGGUGGAAGAAGUGUGGCAACUACCCUCCCGGGCCCCGGGCUCUGCCUUUCCUCGGCAACCUUCUACAAGUGAAUCUGCACACCCCGCACCUGUCAUUCACAAAGCUGCGUAAGAAGUACGGCGAUGUGAUGAGCUUAGACUUUGGGUGGACAAACGUGGUGGUGUUGAGCGGCUACAAGGCCCUGAAAGAGGCGCUGGUGAAGAAAUCAGAAGAUUUUGCGGGUCGACCAGACCUCCCAAUAUACGAAAAGAUCUUUAAGCAGAUUGGUGAAGGUAUUCCGCUCGCAAAGUAUGGUGACUGGUGGAAAGCGCAGAGAAGAUUUGCACUUUUGACGCUGAAAAAUUUUGGGCUCGGAAAGAAGUCUCUUGAAUUGCGAAUUGUGGAAGAAGCUGGAUUUUUAAACCAAGCAUUUGAAGGUGAACAAGGUGGCUCUAUUGAUCCUCACAUCCAUUUAACUUAUGCAACUUCAAAUAUUAUCUGUUCGAUUAUCUUUGGAGAUCGUUUUGAGUAUCAUGACGAAACGUUCCAUGAAUUUUUGGGCAUACUUGAUGAAGGCUUUGCAUUGCAAGGUGGAUUUUGGGCCCAGCUGAUAAAUGCCUUGCCUUUUGUUCGACACCUCCCGGGCCCACAACAGAAAAUAUAUGAAAACCAAAAGAAAGCCUCUCAGUUUAUACAAGAAAUAAUCACAAGGCACAAAGAUUCAUGGGAUCCAGAUGAUCCUAGGGACUUCAUUGAUGCUUUCUUUAUACAAAUGGAGAAGAUGAAACACACUCCCAACACAAGUUUCCAGGAGCCCACGCUGAUCGGGACAUUAUUGAGCCUUUUUGCUGCAGGUACAGAGACCACCUCCACCACCCUAAACUGGGCCUUGCUCUUCAUGGUGCUCCAUCCUGAUAUACAGUCCCAGGUCCAUGAGGAGAUUGACAGGGUCAUUGGGAACGGGAGGAAGCCAAAGCUGGAAGACCGUGAGGAAAUGCCAUUCACUAAUGCAGUUAUCCACGAAACCCAACGCUUAGGAAAUAUUGUUCCAAUUUCACUGCCUCAUCAAACAUACAGAGACACUGAGGUCAUGGGUUACACCAUUCCUAAGGGAACAAUGAUCUUUCCAAACAUUACCUCAGUCUUGUAUGAUGAAGACAUUUGGUUGACUCCACAUCAGUUUAAUCCGGGACACUUCCUGAAUUCGGACAGGAUGUUCAUGAAGCCAGAAGCUUUCAUCCCAUUCUCUGCAGGUCACCGUGUGUGUUUGGGGGAGCAGCUGGCAAAGACGGAGCUCUUCAUCUUCUUCACGUCCUUGCUCCAACACUUCACCUUCUCUCUCCCGGAAAACAAGCCGCGACCCAACUACAGGGAAGCUAGAUACCAAAUUACCCUCUGUCCACCCUGCUAUCAGCUGUGUGUUAAAACCAGAUGAGAUGAAAUGAGAAUAUCCUGGUUAUGUAAUAAUUGUAGUGUAAAAUAUCUUAUUAAGUAAAUGUUUAGCUUGACUUUUUUGGGUUCUGAAUAAACUGAAGUUUUAUAAUUCUGUACCAUAUUAGAGGAACUAUGGGGAUCAGGAAGCUAGAGGCCUGCAUACCAAGCUUUUAUAAUAGUGCUUCCUGUUAUGCCCAAGGAAAAGACGAUUAACUACAGUGGGAGAGGAUGUUGUUUUCUGUGGACUUGGAAAUUGGGUAAACAGAAACUUCCGUGGGUAACUGAUAAACAUCCUUAGUCAGAGAGUCAGAGUCAAUUUAAUUGUCAUUUGGACCCCUAGAGGUCCAAACGAAAUGCCGUUUCUGCAGCCAUACAUUACACACAAAUAGACCCAGACACAACAUAAUUACAUUUUACAUAAACAUCCAUCACAUAGCUGUGAUGGAAGGCCAAAAAAAACUUAUCUCUCCACUGCACUCUCCCCCCCCCCGAUGUCAGAGUCAAAGUCAAAGCCCCCGGCUGGCGAUGGCGAUUGUCCCGCGGCCAUUGAAGCCACGCCGGGUGGUGCGAGGUCGCACACCGGGUCUUGGUGUUGGAGCCCCCGGUGUGCGCUCGCAAAGUCCCGCGGCCGUUCCAGCCGCGCGGGGUGGUGUAGUGAGGCCCCGCUCCAGGAGCUCUUCAACCCCGCAACUCGGGCGGGAGAAUUCGCCGUUGCAGGAGCCCCGAAAAGCGGUCUCUCUCCAGGGAUCCGCGGGCUCCCGGCGCCGCUGUCCGCAAACCCGCAGCAGCAGCCUCCGACUCAGCAGCCUCCGACUCCGACUUACAUUGUUUAAGAAGGUACUGCAGAUGUUGGACCUGUUUCCUGUUAUGAAGAUGUUUUGUGACCAACCGUUUGUGAUCAAUAUAACCACAGUAUGACAAGUGUAUUGUAUUGUAACAAGUAUGCUUUGAAUGGGUUCAGCCUGAUUGAUUUGAGUAUUGUGUUGAAUGUCAUUAUUGCAACUCUGUAUAAGCAUGUGACCACGUUUCCAAAACACUAUAAAAUAUGCCGUAUGUCUUCAUUCAUUAGAGUGGUGGCUCAGGAGAAUCAAGUGUCUGUUGCAUACUUGACUCUGUAUCCCUGCCCAUCUCGCCGACUGAUGAUCAGUAAAGCUUGAGUUGGUUUACCUAA